AUGGAUGCUUCUUCAGCGAUGCGGCCGGGCAGGCCGCCCACUGUCCAGGACCUUGUGGCCCAGGCCGAGAACUUUGCCUUUAACGUCAAUAUCCCGCUCCGACACUGGAUAAGAACAGCAGAGACGCUAUGCCAAGAAGCAGCGUUUGCCAUGUCCGACAGCGAUUACGGCCGAGCCUAUAUGAUGCUGUACCGACACUCUGUCCUCGUGCUGAAUUAUCUGGCCACGCAUCCAGAGUACAAAGAUCCGCUCGCGCGCAAGUCUGUCAAGGCGCUGCAAGCUCGCAUCGGCGAUGUCAUUCAAGAGCUGGAAAUGCUCAAACCUGCUAUCGAGAGCAGUCUCCAGGAAUGGGAGCGAAUGCGACCGCGAAAACCUCAGCACCCCGCAUCGAGCGACGGUGCAGCGUGCUCGUAUGCCGGAUUUGCGGCGCAGGACCCUACUCUGCAACGCCAGACGACGAUUCUCGACGCCGCAGACCACCAGGACUUGGCUGUGGACCUGGCCCAGGAAGAGCUCGACCGCCGGACUCGUGUGCGUCGGACGAAACAAGACAGCUAUAAUUCCAGAACAACAUCUCUCAGGCCUUACUUUGACAGUUGGCGAAACGAUUAUCUCAGCAAAACGGAGGACGUUGACCUGCAGCAGCAAAUGGCAGCGGUUCGCAACAACCUUGAUCGCAACGCCGAGGCACAGCAGGAUACCGAUGCGUAUAGCCAGGGUCGUUCAGAAACCGGACGGUAUCACUAUCCCUCGGUUUCCAAGCCGCGGCCGAUAGAUGUCCAGCACGAGCAGCAGCCUGCGAUACCUCCCAAGUUUCCUCCUCUAGUACCGGAACGGCCACCCAAGGAAGCACCUCCGACGUGGGAUGCACGCGAAGAGCCGCCUGUGCCUCCACCAAACUACAAUCAAUCAUCUGCGCCAACGCCACCUCCGAAAGCGCCUUUGUCGACACCGGCAGUACCGAAGAAGGAGCGGCUUACUUUCAAGCCUGGUGCCUAUCUAGAGAAUGGAGAUCCGAUUCGGUCCAUGUUUAUACCCAGCAAGCUUCGCCGGACAUUCUUGGACAUUGCUGCUAAGAACACGGCCGCAGGGCUCGAGAUGUGUGGAGUUCUUUGCGGAAGUCCGGUCAACAACGCACUCUUUGUGCGCUGUCUCAUUAUACCUGACCAAAAAUGCACAUCGGAUACCGUGGAGACGGUGAACGAAGCCACCAUGGCCGAGUAUUGCAUGAAUGAAGAUUUGCUUGUGCUCGGGUGGAUUCACACACACCCGACGCAGACAUGCUUUAUGAGCUCUCGGGACUUGCACACCCACGCUGGUUAUCAGAUUAUGAUGCCAGAAAGUGUGGCUAUUGUUUGCGCGCCAAAGUUCAGCCCAUCAUAUGGCAUUUUCCGACUGACGCACCCGCCUGGCCUGAGCCAUAUCCUUGACUGCAAGCAGACGAGCACAUUUCACCCGCACUCGGUUGACAACCUGUACUGCGAGACGGAACAUCCUACUGGGCACGUGUACGAGAGCGACAAGCUGCCGUUUUAUGUACAGGACCUCAGAACGCAAUGA